AUGUCCGGCAAAAGGGGAGCUGAUGGUUUUUGGGCAUUUACAGUGAAAAACUUGACACAUAACCAUGAACCAUCAAAGGACAUGUCCGACCACUCAUCAUUUCGUCAACUAUCACCAAAUAAAGUGAAAACUGUGAAGGAAAUGACAAUGUCUGGAAUACCUCCUAGACAAAUUCUUUCUUCGUUACGUCUAGAAACCCCGAGUCUCCCAGCAAACUCAAGAACAAUAUACAACCUGAAGAAAAAAAUUCGUAGGGAAAAAUUAGGAAAUCGGCCUAUGAUUAAUGCCUUAUUUGAAGAGCUUGAAAAGGCUGGUUUUACAUAUGAUAUUGUCCAUGAUCUAGAUGGGCGAAUAACUCGCCUGUUCAUUGCACACCCACUGUCAAUUAAAUUGGCCAAACACUUUUCUAGUACUUUUGUGAUGGAUUGCACUUAUAAGACCAAUAAGUAUAACAUGCCAUUACUUGAUAUCAUUGGAAUCUCAUGCUUCAGCACCACCUUUUAUUCUGGGUUCGUAUUUUUGGAGAAAGAGGAUGAAGAAAAUUAUGUUUGGGCGUUAAGUGCAUUCAAGAAGAUUCUUGGACAGGGUAAUCUACCAUCAGUGAUUAUGACAGACCGGGAGUUGGCCUUAAUGAAUGGCAUAAAGAAUGAAUUUCCAGCUACAACGAAUCUUUUAUGUGUUUGGCAUAUUGAAAAGAAUGUUUUGGCGAAUUGCAAGAAAUACUUUGGUUGUGAUAAAGAGUUUGAUAUCUUCAUGGGAAGUUGGCAAAAUGUGAUAUAUUCAGCAACAGAAGCUAUGUUUGAGUAUAAUUGGGCUGAAUUCGAGUUGUUUUAUAACGAUAAAAAAGGUCCAAUUGAUUACAUUAAAAAGGUAUGGCUGCCUUGGAAAGAAAAAUUUGUUAGCGUUUGGACCGAAAAGUAUUUGCAUUUUGGUACCCGUACCAUGGCUCCCUGUACCAGUCAUUUUACAUCUACUAUGGGACUUCCAUGUGCUCAUAAGAUACAAUAUUACGUCGAACACAAAAUGGCCCUUCCAUUGCAUCUUAUUCAUCCACAUUGGAGGUUUGAUUCAUUUUCUUUGGAUUCGAAAGAUGAUUAUGAUGGUGAUGAUACUCCGGUGAUUAAACGACCAAAAGGAAGACCGCCAAAAGCAAAAAAGAAAAAAGGAAUAACUUCUACAACAAGGGAUCCUUCGAGAUUUGAGUAUGUAGAAUUGUCACUAGCACAAAAUUAUUCAAGUUCUACUUUUAUGUUCCAAAGAAACAAUGAAGUUACCGAGGAGUUUGGUUACGGGCAUCAUGGAAACUUGAUGGAUUUAAGUGUAUCUUCAGAUUUUCCAUUUAGUUUUACGUCGUCGUUAGAGUAA